GAAAACGGCCAUGUAGUGUGCUAUUCAGAAUCUAAGUCCUUAUAUAUAGUCAAAUAUUAUAAACAGCCAUCCAAAGUUCAAAGCAAGAUUUAAUGUAUGUUUAACUUUAUCAAUAUUAGUUAUCAUUUGGUAAUAGUCAACAGAUAAACCGUUUCACUAGGUCAGCCAAAAUGUCUAAGUGUUGGUGUGUUUGUGUUCUGUUUUCACUUUUUUCAUCAGUUACAGGUAUAAACCAGAAAACAUUAGAUCUAAAUGGUAGAUGGGAUAUUAUCAAUGUGAAUAAAGGCUAUAGAAUCAGUGGUGAGGUACCAGGGUCUGUAUAUACAGCUCUCAUAGGUAAUAAAACUAUUGGUGAUCCUUACUUCAGGGAUAAUGAUGUACAAUAUAGGUGGAUUGGCAGAGAUGAUUGGACAUAUACCAGAUUGUUUGAGAUUUCUGAUGAGGUCAUGUCUAAGCAGGCAGUUGUUUUGGUGGCAGAAGGACUAGAUACUUUCUCUCUUAUUACUGUCAAUGGUGUGAAAAUUGGUGAGUCUGAGAAUAUGUUUCUCAGAUAUGUGUUUGAUGUGAAAAAAGCUCUAAAAUCAGGAUUGAACAAUAUUACAAUUGAUUUCAAAUCUGCAGUAAAUAUAGCUUCUCAAUUAAACAACCAAUCAGCUUAUACAAUACCACCCAGCUGUCCUAAUAUAGUUCAAAAUGGAGAAUGCUUUAUUAACUUUAUUCGUAAAGAACAGUGUUCAUUUAGUUGGAAUUGGGCACCAUCAUUCCCUACUCAAGGUAUAUGGAGAAAUAUAUCUAUUCAAUAUUUUGAUGAAGCUGUUGUCAGAGGAUUAUCUGCUGUACCAAUUUUAGAUGCAGAUCAAAACUGGGUGAUUCAUAUUACACUGCACUUAGAUAUCAGCAGCCAAAAUAUUUCUGGUUUAGUUGAAACGACCCUGGAUAAGAUCAAUCUUUCCCAUGUGCAUCUCCUGUCUUCUCCUGUGUAUAGUGACAUCUAUUUUAACUUCAAUGUUCCCAAAGGAACACACAUAGAUCUCUGGUGGCCAAAUGGCUAUGGCGAACAAGCACUAUAUAAUCUUACAGUGAAGUUUGUUACAUUUGACAAAAAACAGAUUAUGGCUCAGACAAGUACAAGGAUUGGCUUUCGAUCUCUGGAAUUGGUACAAGAACCAGUCUCUGAUAAUUCUUCUCAUGGUGUGACAUUCUACUUCAAAAUCAACAAUGUACCAAUAUUUUUUAAAGGAACUAACUGGGUACCAGCUGACAGUUUCCUGGAAAGAGUUACCAAGACAAGAUUGGAGAGACUACUAAGAUCAGCAGUAGAAGUCCAUAUCAAUUCAAUGAGAGUGUGGGGAGGUGGCGUGUAUGAAAGUGAAGAGUUCUACGGACUGUGUGAUGAACUUGGGAUUAUGUUAUGGCAUGAUCUGAUGUUUAGUGAUGCGUUAUAUCCCUCCACAAAAGAAUUUCUGGCUUCUGUACAAAAUGAGAUCAAUCAUCAGGUUAGAAGACUAAAAACUCACCCAAGCAUUAUAUUAUGGUCUGGUAAUAAUGAAAAUAAUGAAAUCCUCAAUGAGUAUCAAGGUGAUCAGUAUAAAAAAGACUAUUUGACCUUAUAUAUCGAUACAAUUAAACCAGUCGUUACUCUACUGGAUCCAUCAAGACCCUUUGUAUCAUCUAGUCCUUCAAAUGGGCCAGAAACAGAAAAGGAGGGUUGGAUUGCAAAGAAUCCUCAGUCUGACUUCUUUGGUGAUGUACAUUUUUACAAUGAUAGUGCUGAUUUAUGGGAUAUUAGUGUACUUGACAUCCCUCGAUUCGCAUCAGAGUUUGGAACUGAAUCUUGGUGUAAUUUUGAAACCAUAGAAAAGGUUUUAAGUGAAGCUGAUCUAUCGUAUAAUUCCCCUAUGUCUCUCCACAGACAACAUAAUGUUGGUGGAAAUGAGAUAAUGUUAAAUCUCACUAAGAUACAUAUACAACUACCUAACUCUACCAAUCCAAAGCAGCAGUUUGAAGAUUUGAUAUAUGUGAUACAGAUACAUCAUGCUGUGGCAAUGAGAACUGAAAUUGAACACUAUAGAAGAUGGACAAAUCAACUGCAGUCUGAUGGGCGAGGACACACUAUGGGUGCUCUUUAUUGGCAGUUAAAUGACAUCUGGCAGGGACCAUCAUGGUCUUCAAUUGAUUAUGAUAUAAAAUGGAAAAUGCUACAUUAUUAUGCCAGAAAAUUCUUUGAUCCUAACCUGAUUUCACCUUAUGUUGAUGAAGAUACAUUGAAAGUAUUCUUAAAGAGCAUAUUAGCGUCAGAAGGGACACUGUAUAUGGACUUGUACACAUGGAAGAACAUGACACCAAUAAAAUCAUGGGAAAAACAGUUUAAUUUAAAUGAGACAUCUGGGUGUAUUUUCCAGAAUAAUUUAGAUAACAUUUUAUCUGAUGCAGGUUGCAAGGAUAAGAGAGAUUGCUUCUUUUAUUUUUCUCUUAAUUCUAAAGUGAAUCCAACCAGUACAUCAUGGUUACCUUUAGCCUAUUUUACAGACAUUCAGGGUAGAAUACCCAAGUCUAACAUCAAGAUUGUUGAUGUAGCAAUGGUAUCAUCUACCGAGUUUUUAUUGACAUUGUCUACUGAUAAUAUUGCACCAUUUGUAUGGAUCGAUUCCCGUGGAAUAUCUGGUCGUUUUUCAGAUAAUGGCUUUAUAAUGAAAGACUCAUUGCUACAAUUGACAUAUAAAUCAUGGGAUUCUGUUGAUCUGGCUACUUUUCAGAAAUCAUUAUCUGUCAAAUCCUUGAUGGAUAUAUAUUGAUGGAAAUUGUCAAAUAUAUAUAGGCCUUCCCGUUCCAUAUUCCAAACAACCUACCUUAAUAAGUGAAUGGAAUAGAUAUGUAUUGCAUUAGAAUGACUUGUUGUCUAUUAAAUUUAUUUUUGAUAGAUAUAUUUGUAGAAACCAG